AGGACCGCCGGGGGCUCCGGGGAUGGGGCCUCUCCGCGUUCCUGGAGGCGAACCUCAAGUUCCUGCGCUUCUAGUUCCUGCGCUGCUUGUUGUUGUCUCUGGGUCCGUGACCCUGUCUGUGUCUCAGGUUUUUCUCCUCGCCGGUGGCGAUCUGGCUUUGGGGCCGGCCGCGGGGUCUGUCCAGUGAGCGUCUUCUCGUGUGUGUUUCCAUGUGUCGCUGCGGCCCCUGCGGGUGCGGGGCCGAGCAUGGGUGCCUGCCGGCCCAGGCCGCGUCUGACCUGGAGUGGGAGUUGCAGCUGGUCCUCAUCCCUCUUUGCUGUCGGGCACGCGCCUUGCUUUGCCUGCGGUGGAUCGAUCUGAAGGUUCCUGGACACGGGACAGUCUGUCCCAGGCUCGGGGUCUCAUUCUAGCUUCAACAGGGGGAGGCUAUUCUAGCCUCAGAGCUUCCUCCUCCACCCCCUGCCCUCGAGGGCACUGGCCACUCUGUCUUCUGGACUAAGGGCUGCAGGUGGACUCUGGAGGAAAGUGACCAGCCCAGGGUCCUGGAGGCCCUCCCUGCUUCACAAACGGGCACAGAGGUCCAGGCAGUGCAGGUUUGCAGGAACCCAGGAUCCAAAGCUCACCUUUUCCUGAGGGGGCUGAACUGGGAGACUUUGUGCCGGUACAGUCACUCAAUUCUCUUGGCAGCCCUGUAGGAGAGGUGCUGUUCGCCCAUGUUACAGAUGAGGAAACUGAGGCACAGAGAAGUGACUGAUGUGGCUGUCUGUCCUGGGAGCCUGGACUGUGCCCUGAAGAGGCGGGCGAGAUGUCCCCCAGGAGCACACGCCUGUGGGCCCUGCCUGCAGGCCUUCCAGGAGGACCAGCAAGGGCUCUGCGUGCCCAGGGUGCGACGGCCGCUGGGGGAGGACCGACCCCAGCCCAGACUGGAAGAUGAGAUCGACUUCCUGGCCCAGGAGCUAGCCCGGAAGGAGGCCGGGCACUCAAGUCUCACGGCCCCGCCCCUGCCCCAGGCGGGGCAGCAGCUCCCAGAGGCUGCAGCCACUGUGGGAUUCUCAGAGCGGGGUCAAGGACCCAAGCCCGGCCUCCCCUCAGCGCCGGGAGCCCCGGCACCCACGCCCCGCACCUCCUGGGGUCCCCCUGUGUCCUCUGGGCCAGUGCACAUGUCCCCCCUGAGGCCCCGGGGCGGGCGCGGUGACGGCCUCGCCCUCGUGCUGAUCGUGGCGUUCUGCGUGGCCGGCGCGGCCGCCCUCGCCGUGGCCGCCGUCUGCUGGUGCAGGCUGCAGCACGAGAUCCGCCUGACCCAGAAGGCAGACUACGCGGCCGCGAAGGCCCCCGGCUCGCCCGCGGAGCCCCGGAUUUCGAUUUCGCCCGGGGACCAGCGGCUGGCGCACAGCGCCGAGAUGUACCACUACCAGCACCAGAGGCAGCAGAUGCUGUGCCUGGAGCGGCAUAAAGAGCCCAAGGAGCUGGACUCCGCCUCCUCAGAGGAGGAGAAUGAAGACGGCGACUUCACGGUGUACGAGUGCCCGGGCCUGGCCCCGACCGGGGAGAUGGAGGUCCGCAACCCCCUGUUCGACCACGCCUCGCUGUCCGUGCCCCCGCCGGGCCCAGGCUCACCGUCGCCGCAGUGACUGGAGGCCGGUGGUGCCCACGUGCUCCCACCACGGGGGAAGGGGCAGGCGGCAUUUCCCACUGAGAAGAACAUGUUCUGAUGCUGUCUGCUUGUGGCUGGGCCAUGGGGUGCUGGGCCUGGAACCCCUUGCCAGGGAGACCCCUCCUUCGUGCGGGGAGACUUCUGUCCCCCUGUGUCUCUCCUGUUUGGUUGGGACCCCAAACUGGAGGGGAAAGGGAUAACUCUGGAGCCCAGGCAUGGACGGGGAAUUUGGGAGACAAAAGCCAAUUAAAGUACAUUUCAAACCUG